AUGGCAAGGACUCGUUUCGCGGCGAUCGCCGUCCUCACCAGCUUCCUCUCAGUCGUCGUUGCCGGCCAGCUCCGGCCAAUGCCUGCCGCUGGCCUCCCCGGCGAUCUUUUCGGCCUGGGCAUCGCGUCGAGGAUCCGCACAGAUCGCAACUCGACGGCGAAGGCGUCGACGGACUUCGGCCAAAUGGUGAAGUCCGCGCCGGAGGCCGUGUUCCAUCCCGCCACGCCCGCGGACAUCGCCGCGCUCAUCCGGUUCUCCGCCUCGUCGGCUGCGCCGUUCCCCGUGGCGCCGCGCGGGGAGGGCCACUCCUGGCGCGGACAGGCGCUCGCCCCGGGAGGCGUUGUCGUGGACAUGAGCUCGCUCGGGCGCGGUCACCGCGCGGCCCGCAUCAACGUGUCCCCGGCCGGCGCGGAGCCGUUCGUCGACGCCGGCGGAGAGCAGCUGUGGAUCGACGUCCUCCGCGCGACGCUGCAGCACGGCCUGGCGCCACGCGUGUGGACGGACUACCUCCGGCUCACCGUCGGCGGCACGCUCUCCAACGCUGGCAUCGGCGGGCAGGCGUUCCGGCACGGCCCUCAGAUCGCCAACGUGCACGAGCUCGACGUCGUCACAGGGACAGGUGAGAUGGUGACAUGCUCCAGGGACGUGAACUCGGACCUGUUCUUCGCAGCUCUGGGUGGAUUGGGCCAGUUCGGGGUCAUAGCCCGUGCUCGGACCCGGCUUGAGCCGGCGCCCAAGAGGGUGCGUUGGGUUCGGCUUGCCUACUCGGAUGUCGCCACUUUCACCAAGGAUCAGGAGUUUCUCAUAUCAAACCGAACUGGUCAGGCCAGGUUCGACUACGUUGAAGGCCAGGUCCAGCUCAACCGGUCCUUGGUCGAAGGCCCCAAAUCAACACCGUUCUUCUCCGGCACCGAUCUUACUAGGCUUGCUAGGCUCGCUUUCAGGACUGGGUCCGCGGCAAUCUACUACAUCGAAGCUGCCAUGUACUACACCGAGGACACCGCCAUAUCUGUGGACAAGAAAAUGACGGCACUCCUGGAUCGGCUUAGCUUCGAGCCAGGGUUUGUGUUCUCCAAGGACGUGACGUUCGUGCAGUUCCUCGACCGGGUGCGCGAGGAGGAGAGGGUGCUCCGGUCAGCCGGCGUCUGGGAGGUGCCACACCCUUGGCUGAACCUCUUCGUCCCGCGGUCUCGCAUCCUCGACUUUGACAAUGGCGUGUUCAAGGCUCUCCUCAAGGACGCCAACCCAGCCGGGAUCAUCCUCAUGUACCCUAUGAACAAGGAUGUGUGGGACGAUCGGAUGACAGCAAUGACCCCAACCACGAACGACGACGUGUUCUAUGCCGUGAGUAUGCUUUGGUCGGCAUUGUCCAUGGAUGAUGUGCCCCAGCUUGAGGGAGGGAACAAGGCGGUGUUGGACUUCUGUGAUCAGGAAGGCAUAGAAUGCAAACAGUACCUGCCACACUACACAUCUCAAGACGGGUGGCAACAACAUUUUGGGGCAAAAUGGAGCAAAAUUGCUGAGCUAAAGGCUAGAUAUGAUCCUCAGGCAUUAUUGUCGCCAGGCCAGAGGAUUUUCUCAAAGCCAGUAGAGGCAUCUGGCAGUGCUUCUGCCUGA